CUUAAUGAGCGUCAGUGACGUAUCAUUUGGAGGAGAAGGCGCGCCAUAGUGAAGAGAGCUCUGUACGAACAGUAGGUUGCAUCCGUUUUCAUCGUCUUUUCUUCGCACACUUCUGGGCAAUAUUCCGUCAAUAUAGGGUCCAGAACGGUUGCCGACAUGUCCUACGGGCCUCCGCCGCCGGAUAUCGAGCGGAUGUACUCCUUGAAGGUCGACAACCUGACCUACAGGACAACGCCGGAGGACCUUCGACGCGUCUUUGAGAAAUAUGGCGACGUUGGGGACUGCUACAUUCCCCGUGACCGCUUCACCAGAGAGAGCCGUGGCUUCGCCUUCGUCCGCUUCUACGAUAAGAGGGAUGCCGAAGACGCACUAGAUGCGCUGGACGGGACGAUCCUAGACGGCCGAGAAGUGCGGGUUCAGAUGGCCCGUUACGGCAGGCCCACUGACCCUUACCGCCGAGCACCACCCCCGAGAUCCCGCUACAGAGGAUCCGGAGGCCGCUACAGUCGUUCCCGUUCUCGCAGCAGGAGUCGGUCUCGCUCUCAUCGCAGGUACAGCCGGAGUCGCUCCCACAGCCGCUCCCGAAGCAGAGGUCGUCGCUACAGGCAACGCUCCUACUCCCGCAGCCCCAACCGAAGAGGAUCCCGCUCCAGGUCCCGCAGCCGUAGUCGCCACCGCGGCUCCCGCAGCCGGUCCCGCAGCAAGCCCAGCCGAUCCAAGUCCCGCUCCAGGUCCGGAACCCCCAAGUCACGCAGCCACACGCCAGUGGAACAACAGCAGGAGGAGAACCACGCCGCGUCACGUUCCCGCUCUAGGUCGAAGUCGUAGAGCCUGGACCCAGGGCGGGUGACUCCCUCCGUCGGAGCUCAACUGACCAACUACUGAGAGACAAACAUACAACAUGACGUUCCUGGUUUCCUGACCAGUAACUGAUGACCAGUUUAUGAAAAAGGUUAUUGAAUGUUUUUCACUGGCAUUCUAACUGUUCCAUUCCUGUUUCACCCAUGCUUUUCACCUGAGGAUUGCAAGCAAAGAUUGUAGUGUGUUUAACAGGUGUAGAAUUACAAAAAUGAGAAGUCUUUCCUUCAUGAAGUGAAAAGAUGACAAAUGUCAUGAUCCAAUGUGCGUGAAUAAGUGUCAAAGUCUUGGUUUAACCACUCUUGUCAACAGGACAUUUUAGAAGCAUUCUUAUUGUGAUGUUUUAGUGGGCUAAGGUAUGAUAAUCAUUGUAGUGUAAUUUUUUUCUGUAGUCUUCCCAGCAGCUGUAAAAAUGUUAACUCUUUAAAAGGAGAUCAGUGGUUUUGUGUUAACCAGUUUUUCAGCAUGUAAACCUGUACCCCUUCUUACCAUUUCUCAGUGAUUGAAUAAAACCAUGUUAACAUA